CGCGCUUGCAGCUUUGGGGGUGGAAGUGCGGCGCGGGUGGGAGCCAUGCAGGACGCAGGGCUGCGGUCGCGCCCAGCGCGCGCGAUGCUGCCGCUGCUGCUGCCACUGCUGCUGGCCCAACCCGGGCUGGCGGCCUCCGCCGCGUCCCUGGCGCCGCCGCUUUUCAACGUGAGCCUGGACGAGGCCCCCGGGGUGCGCUGGCUGCCGGUGCUGCGGAACUACGAUCCGGACUUCUUGCGCACCGCGGUGGUACAAGUCAUCGGCGAUAGGGUUCCGGACUGGGUCCUGCGGUUGAUCGGGAAAAGGAUCGGGGAGCUGGAGCGCUUCCUGCCGCAGCCCUACGGCGACGAGAUCCGCGGCAUGUGCAACUUCCUGAACCUCAGCCUGGCCGACGGCCUCCUGAUCAACCUGACCUACGAGUCGUCCGCAUUCUGCACCAGUAUCGUGGCUCAGGACUCCACAGGCCACAUUUACCACGGGCGGAAUCUUGACUAUCUUUUUGGAAAUAUUCUGCGCAACUUGACAGUAGAUGUGCAGUUUUUAAAAAAUGGCCAGAUCGCGUUCACUGGGACCACUUUCGUUGGCUACGUGGGUCUGUGGACUGGGCAGAGUCCAUACAAGUUUACAGUUUCUGGCGACGAACGAGAUAAAGGCUGGUGGUGGGAGAAUGUGAUCGCAGCCUUUUUUCAGGGCCACUCUCCGAUCAGCUGGCUUCUCCGCAGCACCCUGAGUGAGUCGGAGAAUUUUGAAGCAGCUGUGUUCAAACUGUCCAAGACCCCCCUCAUUGCCGACGUCUAUUUCAUUGUGGGUGGAAUGUCCUCCAAGGAAGGCGUUGUCAUCACCAGGAACAGACGGGGCCCAGCAGACAUUUGGCCUCUGGAUCCUUUGAAUGGAGCGUGGUUCCGAGUCGAGACAAAUUAUGACCACUGGAAGCCAGUACCUAAGAAAGAUGACCGCAGAACACCUGCUAUCAAAGCCCUAAAUGCCACGGGGCAGGCAAACAUCAGUCUAGAGGCGCUUUUCCAGGUUUUAUCAGUGGUUCCAGUUUUUAACAACUACACAGUUUAUACUACUGUAAUGAGUGCCGCCAGCCCAGAAAAGUACAUGACCAGGAUCAGAAACCUGAGCUGAAAAUGAACAUUUAAAGAAUGAAAUCCUUGAAGAUAGCGAGCCACCAGUGACUUACACCUGUAAUCCUAACUUUUCAGGAAUCUGAGAUCUGAAGAUCAUGGUUUCAAGCUAG